UAUAUGAGGAGCAAAACCACUUCUCCCUCGUCACUCCGCUAACAUGCGCCAGAAUAGUGUCGGCCGGUAUCCGGCUCCCCCGGUUCCGGCUCUGGCUCUAUUCCUGCUACCGCUCUUCCUUAUAUGCAGCCCAGUCGUGGGAUGGCGCCCGUGGCCCCACCAUUUCGCAAACUCAACCGCCCAAGACCUCGGAACCUCGAAAAAAUAUGAGGGAUCAUCCGAAAUCGUACACCUUAGGUAUCACAUGGGUCCUGUCCUCACCGCCAACAUCACCGUCCACCCCAUCUGGUAUGGCACGUGGCAGCCUUCCCAGAAGCACAUCAUCCGCUCCUUCCUCCGCUCGAUCCCGGCCGUCCAAGCCAAGUCCCCCUCCGUCUCGGGAUGGUGGGACAUCGUCCGCCUCUACACGGACCAGACCGGCGCCAACAUCACCGGUACCGUGCACCUCGGCGCAGAGAAGGACGAUCGCUUCUACUCCCACGGCAAAUCCCUCACCCGACUCUCGAUCCAGUCCGUCAUCAAAAGCGCCGUGUUCGCGUCCAAGCGUCCGCUCCCGAUCAACCCCCGAGGUGGGCUCUACCUCCUUCUCACCUCACAUGACGUGCACAUGCAGGACUUCUGCGGUCAGGUGUGCGGCUUCCACUACUUCACUUUCCCUUCCAUCGUAGGCUACACGCUACCGUACGCCUGGGUGGGCAACUCCGCCACCCAAUGCCCUGGCGUGUGCGCCUACCCUUUCUCUGUACCGGUUUACAUACCGGGCUUGAAGCCUUUGAAAGCUCCCAAUGGAGAUAUCGGCGUUGAUGGAAUGGUCAGCGUCAUCGCUCACGAGCUUGCUGAGCUGGCAACCAACCCGCUCAUCAAUGCAUGGUAUGCUGGCCAGGACCCCAGCUUUCCCACAGAGAUCGCCGAUCUGUGCGAGGGUAUAUACGGCACCGGCGGAGGUGGGUCCUAUACGGGACAGAUGCUGAACGACGAGGAUGGUGCCACGUAUAAUCUGAACGGAAUCGGACGCAGGUUCUUGGUCCAGUGGAUUUGGCACCCGGUGUAUAACUAUUGCAUGGGUCCCAAUACUCUCGACCAUUGACCGGAAAAAAGGCUUUCUUAUCUGGCUUGGAAACGGUGAAG